AUGAAUGCUUCUGUACCCGAUUGCAACUUUGCAUUUGCAAGAGAAUUUAUGCUCCAAGGUUUCUCUUACCCAUGGGAGGUUCAGGUCCUCCUCUUCUCCCUCUUCACUACAACAUACACCCUCACUAUAACAGGAAAUGGGGCUAUUGUUUGUGCCCUAUUAUGUGAUCAGCGACUCCACACCCCCAUGUACAUGUUCCUGGGGAAUUUCUCCUUUCUAGAGAUCUGGUAUGUCUCUUCUACAGUCCCCAAGAUGUUGGUGAACUUCCUUCCAGAGAAUCAAAACAUCCUCCAGUUCUAUUUCUUUUUCUCACUGGGAACAUCAGAAUGCUUCCUUUUAACUGUCAUGGCCUUUGAUCGAUACCUGGCUAUCUGCCACCCCUUGCAUUACCUAAAUAUCAUGACUAGGAAUUGCUGUUCCAAACUGGUCAUUAUCUGCUGGGUUUGUGGAUUCCUGUGGUUCUUAAUCCCUAUUGCUCUCAUCUCUCAGAUGCCCUUCUGUGGCCCAAAAAUUAUCGACCACAUAGUGUGUGAUCCAGGGCCACUUUUUUCAUUGAUGUGUGCCUCUGCCCCAAGAACUCAACUGCUUUGCUACACCCUCAGCUCAUUAGUUAUCUUUGGUAACUUCUUCUUCAUUCUUGGGUCCUAUACUCUUGUUCUAAUAGCUGUGUUGCAGAUGCCUUCAGCCACUGGGAGACAUAAAGCCUUCUCCACAUGUGGGUCCCAUCUGACUGUGGUGUCACUGUUCUAUGGUUCUCUGAUGGUCAUGUAUGUGAGCCCACAACUCCAACACUCUGUAAGAAUGCAGAAAGUUGCAACUUUGUUCUAUGCUAUGGUGACCCCACUUUUUAAUCCCAUCAUCUACAGCCUUCGGAAUAAGGAGAUAAAAGUAACCCUGAGAAAAGUUCUAGGGAGUCUCAAUAUAAUCUAA